AUGUAUUGUUUAACACCGAAGACUGUCACCGUUUUCUCCUUUAUUUUUUUGCUGCUCUCACCACUGACUCUCAUUUCUGCUACGACUUCAAAGCGUCAUGACGAAGAUCAGACUCUUCUUCAACAAGUCUGCGAGAAACUGAAUCUUGAUGAAGAUCAAUGUUGUAAAUUAGGUAAAACAUCGUCAUUUAUUGCUUAUGCAUCCGCUGCGGUCGCAGCCGGUGCUGUGGGUGUACCUGCUGUGCUCUGCUAUAUGGGUUUUACUGCCACUGGUAUAACUGCCGGAUCCUGGGCUGCUUGGUAUCAAGCAACAUAUGGCAUUGGUACUGUCUUCUCCUAUUUACAAAGUGUUUCAGUAACAGGUGCGCUUGUAGCACCUGUAACUAAGGUUGGAAUUGGAAUUGCUGCCAUUAAGAGUUUCGUUUUUGGUGGAGACUGUAAAAAAAAGUCGACUCAAGAUGAUAAAUGCGCGAAAAACUGA